AUGGAAAACGUAAAAGCAAUAUGGAAUCGAUACAAAAUGGUCACCCAAGGAGAUGUAAGAAAAAACCCUUUGUAACCAUUUACAAUGGAUUAAUGUCUGUUUGUCAGUUUUUUCUAUCGUAUUUUAGGACCGGGGUGAUAAAAAAGAUGAUGAUGAUGAUAUUGAUAAAAUUGAAAUUGAUUUGACAUGACUCGAUACGUUUAUAACCAUUCUCCUGUACUUGCAUAAUUCCGUUUCUGGGCCAAGUGUCCUGCAACUGUGUCACUGAAAGCCAGGAACAUUUGCAAGCUUAUCUCGUUUUUCAUAAAACCGAAAAAGGAAUAUAUAUGCAAUCAUAAGUCUAAAAUAUACGUGGAUAUAAAGCUAAGCGAUGCUUUUGACGUUUUCCAAGAGCACGUACUAUGGAAUAUACCCUGGCGGCGGAGCAUGCGCCUUAGAUCCGCCAUCACCGCUGAACAGUCAGCCCAGAUGGAUCAUGGUGGCAGCUGGACAAUAUGACUACCAAAAGUCCGUUGGGUGUGGCACGUGCAUCGUAAUCACAGCCAACGGAGAGCAAACGAGCCCUGAAACUGGCGGGCCCACGCCUAUGAAAGGCACCUACAAGGCUUAUAUUGUAGAUCUAUGUGGAGGCUGCAAUCAAGGUUUGUUUAUCUCCUGUAUGCAGCAAUAUCCAAAGGAGCAAUCAUUACAAACUUCGAAAUUCUAUUCUAUAAGCGAUUUCAUUCACCCAUUCGAAGAGAAUGAGGCGAGAGUGAGCUAUCCUACAUCAAAUUCAAGAGUUAGCUUGACAUUAUGCUCAAAUGCAUGUCCAAAAACUGUGCUAAGUAAAUUUCGUUUUGUUGUCUCUGGCUCUAGAAUAUACUAUUUCAAAGGCUAAAACUGGAAGGCGUAGGCUUCGAAACUACUUUAAUUUUACUUCGUAGGGCACGAUCUACUUAUAUCCCUAUAAAAUAAACUUGUCUUUUCUUCCAGCCGGUUUUGAUUUAUAUAUUAGCGGUUAUGGAAAAUACAAGACCUCCUUUAAAGCAGUUUCAUGCCCCAGUGUACCUGGUCAAGAGGGGAAUAUUCAAUUCCGUUUGUCUGGUAGCAAUACUUGGGCCAUUAAACUACAGGCUCGAAAUUCCAAGUGAGUCACGUAAUCAAUAAUUUUAAUGUUCGGAGGGAGCCACACAAACGGUUGGCAGGGGCAUAACCAGAAUUUUUCCAGGGGUACGCACAAUUUUCCCGGUCCUCUUCCACAUCCCCAUCCCACCCUCCCCCCAAUUCUCAACCACGUUUUAAUGCUUCAUCGAGCUCAACGUUAUCUGCACCGACUUUUUCCUGCCUUUUCUCUAAAUAUAUCGGUCCACCAUUGAAUCACGCCUCGCUUCUCAGGAAACCGACAUUAAGGUGUAAUAUCCAUUCCAAUGUUUUGGAAUUUUUACCCUCAAUUUUUCACGUAAGUACGUGCGUACCGUGCGAACAGGUAACUAUGCCCCUGUUUUCGCCCCAUGUAAGCAAAUGCGGAUUCCGGAAUCCGUGAAAUUUGCGGAUCCUGACGCCCGUUUCUCGAAUGUCCCCGUGGGCGCCAUCCAUUCAACCAAAAUUCCGACCUGUCCGACAGGGAAAAGUGGUCCACCUCAAAGGUGGACCAGUUUUUUGCAAACUUUUCCGGUUGGACGGAACCAAUCCAUUGAGUCUUGGACCAAAAUUUUGGUUGAAUAGAUCGCGCCCGUUAACUUUUCGGCCCGAAAUUAAAUACUAAACCACCCUCCCCCCAAUUCUCAACCACGUUUUAAUGCUUCAUCGAGCUUAACGUUAUCUGCACCGACUUUUUCCUGCCUUUUCUCUAAAUAUAUCGGUCCACCAUUGAAUCACGCCUCGCUUCUCAGGAAACCGACAUUAAGGUGUAAUAUCCAUUGCAAUGUUUUGGAAUUUUUACCCUCAAUUUUUCACGCAAGUACGUGCGUACCGUGCGAACAGGUAACUAUGCCCCUGUUUUCGCCCCAUGUAAGCAAAUGCGGAUUCCGGAAUCCGUGAAAUUUGCGGAUCCUGACGCCCGUUUCUCGAAUGUCCCCGUGGGCGCCAUCCAUUCAACCAAAAUUCCGACCUGUCCGACAGGGAAAAGUGGUCCACCUCAAAGGUGGACCAGUUUUUUGCAAACUUUUCCGGUUGGACGGAACCAAUCCAUUGAGUCUUGGACCAAAAUUUUGGUUGAAUAGAUCGCGCCCGUUAACUUUUCGGCCCGAAAUUAAAUACUAAACCAAAAUCUAAAGAAUAAAAGCGCGGGUUCUUGCUGAAAAACCAGUCCAUUUUGUUUUGUUAACUGAUAGCUUUAUCAUGUUUAUCUGCAAAACUAUUGAAACCUCGAUCUUGAAUCAAACAACAACAGCUUUCCGGGUCAGUAAAGUGAGGGACUUUCUAGAAACGGGCCCCUGAGCUUUAGAAUCCGGAACGCAGCUGCAGUCCCCUACAUGAAGUGACUGCUUACAGUAAGUCUUUUUAAAAUUCAGCACAAACCCAGUAGCUGAUCCAGGGGAGGGGUACGGGGGGCAUGCCCCACCUUUUAUUUUUUUAGAUCAAACUGCAGGGCCGAAAAUAUUUUUUUUGGAGACCUCCCUCCCCCUUAUCUAAGGGUCUGGAUGACUGCCCCCCCCCCCCCAACCCCUAACCCCCCUUAUCGUAAGGUCUGAAUCCGAAAUUGCAAACCUAAGGGAUUAGAAAAGGUGGUACACGCCUAAUGGGCAUAUACACCAAUUCUUGGGUAAUGCUAAAAGCCCAGUUAAUUUCGUAUAGUUCAGCAAGCAGAUAUUGUCGUUAUUGUGCUGCGAUAAACCUCCUCCAGUCUCUGAGGAAACUGUUGUGGGAACGUGGUCGCGCUUAAUGUGGAGCUCGAAUGCGCGCAGCGUGCUGUGGAGUUACAACAAUGGUAAUAAAAUUAGGUUAUGUACCUCCUUCCACUCUUGUAAAGGGAUGUUAAAAGUCACGUUCAGUAGCUCAUCAAGUCCAAGGCUUACAAUCUGUGUGUAGUGACGUGUCAGUAGAGCUUGCUAAGAUUCGCUGAAACUGAUAGUACUAUAUAAGAUAUAACCAACGAUUCAAUGGGCGAAAAUAAAGGUUGAAUUCAACUUCCUGUUCAUGUUUGAAAAGGUAAUUUUUACAUAGUACGACCAACUUUGCAAAUUUAAGUUCACUCGGUAUAUAUUUUUGCUGAUCAGAUCUCAUGCACGACCCUGUAGAUCGUUCACGUCCUGAGGCAUAUUCGUGUGUGGUCCUUUGCAGUUAAUGCAGUGUCGGAUCCAGACCUUUAGAUAAGGGUGGGGAGAGGGGGGGGGGGGCGGUCAUUUAGACCCUAAGAUUAGGGGGGGACGGUCUCAAAAAAAAUUUUUUUCGUCCCUUUGGGCCUCAGUUUGGUCUAAAAAUAAGGAAGGGGGUGCCGACCCCCCCGGGCCCCUCCCCUGGAUCCGCCAGUGUUAUGUUCAUAUUAUUUUCAAACAAGUCCAUUUGCAUUGUUCAUGGCCCUAAUCAGGAGCCUAUAUGGGCUCCUGCCCUAAUGUUUCCUUGCUCUAAAGGGUGGUGACGGUGGGAAUGGACAUCGAGCACAACAACAAAUGGGUUUGUGUGGAGAAGACAGGUGACAAUUACUUUUCCAUUAACGGAGUGGGAGAGAUGCAGUUCCCAAAAAGAUUCCGAUUAACGAGCAUCAGUGGGGAGCAAUUAGUAAGCACAGUUCCUGGCAUUAAGAACGAUGAGAACAUCCCAACAGACAUUCAUUACUCCGAUUUCAAUCCAAGUAAGAAAUAUUCCUACUGCUUUAACUAAAUUUUGGCAAAUACAGCCAACUCUCUUUCAACGGACGUCUCUAUAAGACGGACUCCUCCGACACCUAGAAUUGGUCCCUGCCUUUCUUUUCUUCACUCCCUUAGUCUGACUCUCUCUAUAUAUGCAAUAUUUUGAUCCCCAUCUGGUUGUGGAUAUGAGUGGCUCAUUUCACUCGCUACAAAAGAACAUUGGUGUUGCAUUCUCUUACUAGUUUAUAUUGCUUAAUUUCUUUGUAUGUAAUGUUUUAAUUAUUUAGAAAGCUCCCCGCUCAUCUGAUUACUUCUGAUAUCUAUUUUCCUGCAAUAUUAAUAGUGGAGGUAUUUUUCAUAUUUUUUUUUGUCAUUGUCAUUGUUGUUUGUUUGUUUGCUUUUUUUGUUGAUAAUUUACUUGGCUUUUAAUUGUUUGAUGAAUUUGAACUUGCUGUCGGAAACUGAAUGACCCUGAAUGGCCAUAUGUUCUCUCAUUAUCAGACAGUAAUCCUGAAAACAUCAAAUGCUUUGGACAAGGAGAAAGCGCAGGACAAUGUGAGUACCUUGCAUCAAUCAUGUUAUUAGAAUUAAUUAGAUUAGGUUGUGGGUGCUUUGUUUUGCCAUAACAUUUAAAUUUGUCAACUUCAAUCAUUUUAUUCCCAUUCAUUUACUCGCGGAAUAUUGCCGAUUUAUUUUUGCCUACUUUUCAUGUUUCGCACCAAUUGGUCCUAAUACUGGCCCAGGUCCUACGGCGGGAACUAUAUAUUUCCGAGCAAGAGACUAUAAAGGGACGGAGAGUAAAUCUAACCCCUUUGCUAUCCCUAGCUAAAACAGUAUUUUUAGAUCUUCUCCAAUAUCCAGUGUUCCCAAGAAGAUUGAGUGAUAGUCAAUCGCAUGUCAUCAAUUCUAUCGAUAUUGACAGCUGAGUGAAUUUCCAUGCAAUGCUCCAGGCAAUUCGCGAAUCAAAUAUUAUGGACGAAUGUGACUUCAAGAAAGUCGGUAGCAAGAAAACGCAGAUCGAAGGCAGGCCUGUGAAAAGCCAUUAUAGGGAGCCUCAAUAGCUUGUUCUAUUCUAUUCAUUUUGUUUUACCCUUUGUGGUCUCUUGUUCCAAGCCAUCAUCAGCUGGCUUAUUAUAGACAAAUUGACAACGCAGCGCUAUCUACACACCCUUACAACGGCAAUUCAAGCUCUCCUCCUCCACAACCCGCAGGGGGUAGGCUACUUCCAUUCCUAAUCAAAUGAUCCCUUUCAGCUGCGCUUCUUUGUUGCCCUAGAUCAGUACGGUUUAUGAAAAGAAAAUUGCCUUGAGAAUGUCCAGGAGUCGAUUAUGGGUAGUCGGCUAAUGGAAUGUCGUAUUACCCUAAAUGAAGAAACAAACGACUCAGAGUAAGCCCCCGUUUAUAUGGAUCGCGCUCCAGUAAGAGAAAUGUUGACCCCUUUGGCCCGAGCCUACAGCGCUCGCACAUGCUGUGAUAUUAGGGACUUUAAGAUCCAACGACGCGACGGCGACAAGAACGUCGCUUAAAAAGUAAAUUUGCGUUCUUUCAGUCUUUAUAGCGAUUAUUCCUACCCACUUACUUUGUCAAUUGUAAACGAACCCUCCUGCAGCUGAAUUUCAAGGGACCAUAGCCAAGCUCAGAAAGAGAAAUAAAAUUUAUUUAAUAAAGGUUAACGUAAGCUCCGUUAAAUUACUCGCUGUAAUUAAGUAUUUACUCUCUCCACUAGCAUCUCUUAUUUUGAACAACAAAAUCCCUCCAGAAAGAUUGGCCGUGCUAUUAUAAUAUUAAUGAAGUGUUCAAUGCUUUAUAACAUCUGCUCAACAUGUCGGAACAGGUCGGAUCAGUGACCCGAAAAAAAUCCUCUGACUUUCAUGGUGGAAUUCGAUUUCAAUCGAGUUUUACAGUUAGAUGGGAACUUGAAGAUAAAAACUUUCACAAAAUAGACAUUAUCUGUUUAGAUGACAGUUUAAAGUAUGGGAUUAUGGCGAUUAAAACAAAUGAAAGCUUCACACCUUUCUCCAACAGCGUGACUUUCAGAAAGCCUCGAGGGACAGACUUGGUAACCGCUUCUGAAUUGAUUCCAGGCUUCUGUCGGUCCAAGUUAAUUGUUAUAUUCCUAGACUUUCACUCAACUAAACAGGGACUGCCAUUGGUUGAUUCUUGGUCACGUGGCCUUGACUAAAAUCAAAUGUAUCCCAAUCGUGAUACAUUAAACAAUGUAUCCUGCUCGGGAUACAUUGCAGCACGUGAUCAAAGCAUGGUGGAAAGUGGCGAGACAGAAGGCGGGAAAAACACCGCCAGGUCCAGCCAGUUUCUUUUUCGUGAAUGAACACAACAACACAAAAACGAAGCCUCAAGCUAAAAAGCAACGAUUUUUAAAGUUAUCCCAGAAGUUCCCAGAAGAAAAACAGCAGCUAGUGGAGGAAAAAGAUGCAGAUAAUAUGAGGAAAGUACUUUUGUUUGUAAAUCAUUCACUCAGUGGUUUUGAGAAUUAAAUUUGUGUUGUUAUAAGCACCGAGUCGACUGUUUUGGUUCGCUCCGGUUAUUCUUUUGUUGCUAUUGAAGUGAAAGUCUAGAAAAAUAACAAAAUACUUAAUGUCAGGUCCCUCGGGAAACCAGUUAGUUUUGUUUUCCCUCGAGUCCUGAUGUUUCCCUCGACUUCGUCUCGGGAAACAUCAGGACUCUCGGGAAAACAAAACUAACUGUUUCCCUUGGGAUCUGACAUUAAGUGUAUAAUGUCCCGACCCCGUGGUCGCUUCACACGAUCAAAAGCCCGACAAAGGGGAUAGUCUCAGGCAUCAAAUCCCCGCCCCUUGCCCGCACUCCCCCCUCACGGGAUUUACAUUGAUAGGUGCAUAAUGAAGCAUCAAACCAAUCAGACUUCAUCAUCUAGAACAGACGGAUAGAAAGUGUUGGUCGAUCCAAACGUAACUGUCAUUCGGGCGAACUUAACUGAGACAGACGUCGAACUUUUCAUAAACUUAAUCCACCCAGUUUGGUUCGUCCCAUGCAAAAAUCGACGUUUGGCUUUGGCCAUUCUUAAAAUGCCGUUGUUGUGGAGAAAGGAAAGUUUAAAAAAAUUCUAGCUUCUAGACUACAGCUGAUCAAUCUAUACUUAUAAACAGUUCGAUUGUGUUUCCUUGUUCUUCUUUGAAGCCUUUGACUGUUAAUUUAAAAAAUCCGUAUUUUUUAGCCAUAUUUUCCAAACUCAACGUGUUAUACUGCUACCCGUAAUUUUCUAGUACCAAAGAACGACCAAGCAAGAACCUUAAUCUCCCUCCUUUUGGUCUGCAAAUCACUCUGUAUGGUACGAAUUAAGCAAUGCGCUCCAGCCUACGUUCAAAAUCAAGAUCUGUGGCCUAUCGUUUGAAUGCGAUCACUCGCGCACUAUCCAAUUUCUCUUGCGCUGUGCCAAGUGUCGUGUACUUUCUGAUUUUAAAAAUUCUGGAAGUCUGGCUCAGCUGAAAGGAAAAAAUAAAUAGGAAGACCAGUUAAAUUGUAGUAAGUGGCUGGUGGGUAAAUACAAGCUCAGAAGCUCACAGCUGCCAAGGUGAUUUCUAACAAUCAAUUCACCUGUUUGAAGGUGGACAUGAAGUUGAAAAAUAGUCAUUUAAAAGCUGUUUUCGAGUUUUCAAUUACAAAGUUUGGCUAUUUAAAUGUAAGGUAACGAACAGCAAUAUCAUGAUAAUGUUUCUAAUUACAUUUCACGAAAGCCGAAGCUUUAGACUUG